AUGUCUGAGGAGAAGAAUCUGUUUCCUGAUGUUUAUCAGGUGAAGGUGGAGCCACCUGUGAGAAGAAAUGAUCCAGGUUGUCAGUCAGUGUGGUCCUCACUUUCCCUGUGUGUCUCCUCAACAGGAACAUUUGUAGCGGAAUGGUCAAUAAGAUCCUAUCAGGCAGAGGAGAACGGAGACGUCACACUGGAGUGGACAUUCAGAAGCAGAACUUGCAGCCCCUUUAAGUCUCUCUCUAUCCUGUGUUACCAGUCAACUGUUCACAAAGACUCAGUCCUGUUCCAUCUCUAUAAGGGCGUCGAGGUCCCAGAGUCUCAGGAUGAACAGUUUUCAGGACGAGUCCAGUGGGACACAGACGUCCUCAGAGAAGGACAACUCAGACUCCAUGUGUCCAGACUCAGGACUGAGGACUCAGGCCUGUACUGGUGUCGUUUUAAGACAGGCCGUGGAUUCAGCUCUGACAGGUGUCAUCUCAGUGUCACAGCAGCUGGUGAUGAACACAAACCUCGGACACUAACUGUGAGACGACAACCAGAGAGUCUUGGACGGACCAGCCUCUACACUGGACUGAUAACAGCAGCAGCAGCUCUACUGUGUGUCUGUGUUGUCCUCUUGGCUUUCUGUCUUGUUUUCAAAAAUGAACUGAAAACUAACAGAAGUCCACAUAUAGUGUGUUUCUAUGAGAGACGACGGGCAGGAAGUAAUCGCAGUAUGGAUGACCCACCUAGCUUUUAAACCCAAUACUCAGAGUCCAGACCUCUGUCCCUCCAUCAUCUGUUUCAGUGUCAACAACCUAACAUGUGAUAUGAAACACGUUUUGUAGGAGAUCAUGGGGGUUAAAGGGUUAGAGUAAGACUUGUUGUUAUAGUUGUAGUUUGUAGGUUUAUUUAAGGUCAUUUCAGUCAUAACUGCUAUAUUUGAUUUAUUUAUAUUUUAUAUUUGUUAUAUAGUAUUUCAUUUGAUUUUAAUGUUUGUUACCUUACUUCAAUUUAUGCAUCAGUACUGCUGUGAACAAGGCUGACGUAACCUGUCAUGUAUAAGACUGACUGUAAGAUGACUCUGGCAUCCUAGAGUCAGACUUAGUGCAGAGACAUCUGGACAGUGACUGAGCCGUGUGUCCACCUCGACUUCUGCUGCUGUGUCGUCCUGUUCAAAGCUCCGUCCAGCAGCUCUAUGUGAGCGAGGAGCUCGACUCCCUGAGCUUCAUGGACCGACAGCCGGUGUCUGAGCUGAGGAAGACUGUCUGCAGACUGCACGUCAUCCUGCCUUCAUCACAGAGGCUUCAUGUGCCGUUCAAAGGUUCUCUGCUCUUUAGACUGGGAGACCUGGAAACUGUCACU